UAAUCAAAGAAAUUGCAGGGAGUGAAGGAAUCAUUAACGCAAAGAAUCUUUUGUCCCGUUAACUUUCAACCGUACGUCCGACCGUGGUUUGAUUACACGUUAGAAAAAGCGCUGUUUCACUUUUGGCAAUUGGUGUCACAAUUGUGCAAAACGACUCUCUGCCCGACGCAAGAUCAAGAGGAAUUGAUCGAUCGAAGUCUGUGUUAGCUUAGCUUGAGCUUCGGCAGUUGUGAAGCACAGCUUGCUUCUCCUGUAUGUAGAAAAAUCUAGACGGUGUUCGGGUGUCUCUAGCGGAUUGGGGAUUGAGUUUACCUUCGGCAUUUUGUGACAGCACGAGCAUAGGGCACAUACACAACUAAUAAUUAAAUUAGUUCCUCAGCCAGGCAAAACAGAAGCAUCGGCACGGAAGGGUGCCACCAACAGCUCCGCCGCAACACCACCACCAUCAGAAGCAGCAAUCCUACGGGCGCACUCAGUUAUGUGAGCUAAAAGUGUGUGUAGUUGUUGUUUUUUUUGGUACCUUUCCCCUUGCCGGACGACCACUUUAGUGUGACAGUUGAGCAGCAUCGCGCGGGUGUGUGCGUGUACUAAAGUGGAGUGUUAUUUUUCAUCUCCUGUGCAUACAUACAUACAUUCUCCGGAUCGCGGUGUGUGUGUGGUGUAGUUUCCGUGCGGCGCGUGCAUAUACACACAGCAAGGGAAGUGAAAAAUUUUCCCUUGAUAAUUUCGUUUCCUUCGUCGCCCCCAGUAUGAUAAGCGGUUCAUAGAGCAGCAGCGGCGGUUUCCGAGAUAGAAUCGCAUCAGAGUAGACCCGAGGUCAGUUUGGAGCUAGCGCAAAUACGCCACCGUGUGCCCAGUAGGGAGGAAUUUAUCUCUCUGUUCGAGCCGCCCUCCUAGUUCGUGCCAUCCGUACGGCACAAAGUGAAGCAAACAGAAAACUGGUGGAUCCGCGCUCUGACGCAAAAGAGAAAUUUCGCUAGCACCGUCGCGCCACACGGUUACUAGGCUGUUGCUGUGACCGACGAAGACGAGCUGCCCAGUUGCAUCUGCACUAUCAUCGGUUGUGUGCAACGUCGUCGUGGAGGUUGGGGAACGUUCACAUCUUCGGCCCUCACUUGAGAGAAAACGCGGCUGCCGCUGCUGCUGCUGGCUGCAUUCGAGACAACAACAUCCGAGAUCAUACAGCGCACCACCACCAUGAUGGCGGAAUCGGAUAACACAGCGGACGCGACCCGACGGCUGAAUGUGAAAAAACAGACACUCGACGAUGCGUACGCAAUCCCGGCCAACUUCCUCGAAAUUGACGUCGUAAACCCGAUGACAACGAUUGCCGCCGGCAAGAAGCGCUACACCGACUACGAAGUGCGGAUGCGGACCAACCUGCCCGUCUUUAAAGUGAAAGAAUCCAGCGUCCGUCGCCGGUACAGUGAUUUCGAAUGGCUCAGGAAUGAACUGGAGCGCGACAGCAAGAUUGUUGUCCCACCGCUACCGGGCAAGGCAUGGAAAAGGCAGAUGCCUUUCCGCGGCGAUGAUGGCAUAUUUGACGAAAACUUCAUCGAGGAGCGACGAAAAGGGCUGGAACAGUUUAUCAACAAAAUUGCAGGCCAUCCGCUUGCGCAAAACGAGCGAUGUUUGCACAUGUUCCUGCAAGAGGCGGCCAUCGACAAAAACUAUGUGCCCGGCAAGAUUCGCAACACGUAAAACGGAUUGCAAACCGAAACGACGCGAAUUGGUAGUACGGUAGGGGGAAGGGGCAUGGGUAGCUCAUGGGACGGGAUGGAGAGGAUGCUACUACUAAAAUUCGAUACAAUGUGCUGUGUCACAAUGUUUUCCCCCUGUUCAGGCGCGUACAUGCUGAUUUGGAUGAUGACGUAGAGAAGGAGCCGCCCAUCAGGGAGAGACGGUGCGCAUAGUUUAGCAAAGUGUAGCAAUUGAUAGACGGAAUGAUAAGGGUGUGAGAUCCAUUUUUCGAAACGAACCCGGUACAACAAAUCAAAUCAAGAGGAGGGAGUAGUAGAAUGCCCCGUUUGGGUUGCCUAUAUGAUGAACACUUUUUUUUUCCUAGGCAAACACAACAACAAGAAGAGAGUGAUGGUGGUGUUAGGUUUGCUUUCGCGGCAGUAGUAACCGAGUUGUGUUGUGUACGAUAUGUUUUUGUACGGAAAAGGGCUAGAGGAAACAUUGAAAAUAAGUUCCCUUCAGUGAAAGCAACAAGUGCAGAGUAAGUACGAAGUUGUGUCCGUUCAUUCCGUGACACCGACGAUACAAUCGAACAAUUCCUUAAAUCGCCUCCUGUUUUUUGCUCUCCUUUGUAUGUUGUUGCUAAAACUGGCGCUUUUUGUGUGUGUUACGGAUGUUUUAAAUGUUCCGGAUUUGAAAGCGAUCGAUUUAGUUUUCUCAUUUUGCUUUGAUCGUUUCCGCCAAGAACAGAACAACCUCCCGACUAACUGAAAUGUGUGUGAAAUUGAACCAAUAGACUAUUAUACAUAACAAGAAGAAAACAUUAUACUGAGAGUGUAAAAGUGAUGCAACUGAUAGUAAAUUAAAUUGCUUCCCCUUGUCUGCUUACAGAACAAUACACAUCCUCUGUAAAAUUGAAGUAAGGCAACAUGUUCGAGCCGCUAGAAGAUAGAUAGGAAUGAAAUUGCAUUCCCUGGCAUUGUGUAAUGCACGUUUAAUGCAAUGGAACCUAGUUAGUGGUUUUGUUCGUCUUCGUUCAUCUUCCCCUUGAAGCAUGAAGCAUGAAUGAUCGUUUAUCUCAUAAGGAAACCCCACUCGGUUGGAAUGGAAAAAAAUCAAAAACGAACAACGCAAUGGUCAUGAUUUUGGAGGGGGUAAAUAUGUGUGUAGUAAAAACAAAACAUAGAUAAAAAGGCGUCUAACCAAAAAAAACACGAUUGAAUAGUAGAAAGAGCUGCUAUCUCUCUAAUCAGACAAGAAAAUGCGAUGCAAAUUUGUUGCGCUCUCUAGUAUGGCCCAGGGAUGGAGCGUACACGUUUCUGUCACGUGGUCUGUAUUUUUACUACAUCGAAAAAUACGAUACAACGUGCACAGUAUGGAAAAUGUGUGUUUGUGUGUGUGUGCUUCAUGUUGCUGCACUAAACUCAGUGUAGUUUGUCAGCUAUCUCGUCUACACACGCACUGUGAUCGAUCGCUCAUUUUGCAUUUCCGUAGUUGGGAUGUACAAAAUUGUCCUACGCUCGACUAGAGGACACGAUAACGAAUCGAUCACUUUUUGACGAACGCCUGUUCGUCGACCCGGCGGCAGGCAAUCUCUGUGGACGAAUAUUGCAAUAAUUGAAAUUUAAGUGUGCAUGCAUGAUGAUGUCGGCGUGUCGGUUUCGGAAUCAUCCUUAUCGCUCAUUUCGGCUCAAAAUGGCGAACCGGUCAUAUCACACUCUCCUACCACCGUUGUGUGUAUGGUGGUGCGGUGGUGGUGUGGCGGGCGUGUACGAUUGUGCGCGCGCGUAAGAAUAGUGAUACAGAAAAUACCGUACGUACCGAGGAAACACAUGGCUAGCAAGAGCAGCGAAGUGCGCAAGUGUAGAUAAAUCAAAAUUGAAAAGUUCGAACGUUACAAGGAAAACAUUCAAAUGCAGACAGAGAGGAGAGAGAGAGAGCGAGAAAAAAAAGUGAACCAUUAACUCAAACCCACAAAACACAAUAAUAAGGCCCCAACUGAAUCUCUGCUCUCCGUACUGCUCACACAAGAAGCACAUGAGGACAAGGAUAUCUAUAGGACAAAGGAAGGCUGUAGUGUAAUGAGCGCACGUGGGUGUGUAUGCGUGUGUGUAUGUACGCGCGUCUGUGAAGCGAGAUACGAGUGAAAAGUAUUCGAGGGUGUAAAAAUAUUGAAGCAAAUAAUAAAACAAAAUCAAUCAUUUGAUUAUUAUUAUUAUUAUUAUUAA